AUGCUCCUGGUGCUCACAGCCUUGCUGCUGUCCUGGGUGGGACCUGGAAAGCCUGGUGAGCUCAAGGGCGCCCCUGGGAGCACGGGGCGGCAGGGUGUGGAGCUCCACAGCGCUCACUUUGUCACCUCCCCCCAGCCCCACUGCCAGAAGACACAGCAGAAGCCCCAAGUCUGUCUAGUCAUGCUAGGUACCUGCGGCCAUCGGAAGAUUCUCUCGCGCGUGGUGGGUGGAGAAGAUGCAGAACUGGGGCGCUGGCCAUGGCAAGGGAGCCUCCGCCAGUGGGGCACCCACAUCUGCGGGGCAAGCCUGCUGAGCCGCCGUUGGGUGCUCACCGCUGCCCACUGUUUUGAAAAGAACUUUAAUCCAUAUCCAUGGACGGUCCAAUUUGGUGAGCUGACUGCAGCGCCGUCUAUAUGGAACAUGCAUGCCUACUAUAAUCGCUACCAAGUGGACAAGAUCUUUCUGAGCCCCAAGUACUACGGGGUGGUUCCUUAUGAUAUUGCCCUGCUGAAGCUGACUUCCUCUGUCACCUACACCAAGUACAUCCAGCCUGUCUGCAUCCCAGCCAACAUGUCCAAGUUUGAGAACCGGACUGACUGCUGGGUGACCGGCUGGGGGGACAUCGAAGAGGAUAAGACUCUGCCGGCCCCCUACACUCUCCAGGAAGUACAGGUCAGCAUCAUCAACAGAUCCAUGUGUAACCACCUGUUCCAAAAAUCAUCCUUCCGUGUAGACAUCUGGGGAGACAUGGUGUGUGCUGGCGAUGCCGCGGGUGGCAAGGAUUCCUGCCUUGGUGAUUCAGGAGGACCCUUGGUCUGCGACCUGGAUGGGCUGUGGUAUCAGAUAGGAAUCGUGAGCUGGGGAGUGGGCUGCGGGCGCCCCAAUCGGCCGGGAGUCUACACUAACGUCAGCCAGCACGUGCAAUGGAUCCUGAAGACAGUAGCACGCGGUGGCGCACCCAGGCUGGGCCUCUCCCCGCUGCUGUUGCUCCUCACUCUGCCCUGGACUCCCCGGUUUGUGGGCCUCAUCUGA